AGGGGAUCCUCCCGCCGUGGCCGCCCAGGGUGGCGUGCAGAGUAGCAGCGCUUCUCCCUCUUCGCCAAGAUGGCGCAGCAGGUGAACAUUUCGGAGCUCUCCCUGCCGCAGCUGGAGGUGCUGAAGAACCAGCUAGACCAGGAAGUAGAAUUCCUUUCUUCAUCGAUCUCACAACUCAAGAUGGUGCAGACAAAAUAUGUGGAAGCAAAGGAUUGUCUGGCUGUAUUGAAUAAAAGCAAUGAAGGUAAAGAACUUCUGGUUCCACUCUCCAGCUCUAUGUACGUUCCUGGGAAGCUUUCUGAUGUUGGUCAAGUAUUGAUAGAUGUAGGGACAGGUUACUAUGUAGAAAAGCCAUCUUGGUGGUAUGAAGGGGUCACAGUGCCUUUGAUCUUGCAGUCAGUGGAUGAUGCCAGAGAUUUCUUCAAGAGGAAGAUUGAUUUCCUGACAAAACAGAUAGAGAAAAUCCAGCCAGCACUGCAGGAGAAGCAUGGAAUGAAGCAAGCUGUGAUAGAGAUGAUGAGCCAGAAGAUCCAGCAACUAACAGCAGCAGGAGCUUCACAGGCAGCAGCAAUGAAAGCCUAGCAAGAAUGGAUCCCUCAUAUGCCUUUAAAGUUCACCCAUUUUUGUAAUGUAACCCAAAAUUGUGCCCCAGAGUGCAGUGCUCCAGCCAGCUGUGCAGCUGAGAGUGGAGAGAGGGAAGCUCACUGUUUGAAUACAUGUGGGAUUUGAGUAUGGCAGAACCUGUUCUGGAAAGAACACCUUGAGAAAGAUCCUGUCCAUUCAAACUGGCAGGCUUUCAGUCGCUCGGUUACUGAGGUGGCUAUCUUGCAGGUUACAACAUGAAAUUAUCUUUAUUCUGAAACCCCGUGAAAACUUUGGUUGUAAAUGAAAUUGUACAAAAUAAAGAGGUAGGAUUACAGAGCAA